AUGGCAGAGGCAAGUGGUUGGAGUCAGGACCACUUCAGCUGUGUAAUCUGCCUGGAUCCACUAAAGGAUCCAGUGACUACUAACUGUGGACACAGUUUCUGUAAGGACUGCAUCGCAGGUUGCUGGGACCAAGAGGAUCCAAAGGGAGUCUACAGCUGCCCGCAGUGCAGACAGACCUUCACUCCAAGGCCAGUCUUGAGCAGAAACACAAUGUUGGCUGAAGUGAUGGAGAAGCUGAAGCUUCUGGGAGUCCACUCUGCAUCUGCAACUGCACCUGCUGCCCAAUAUGCUGGACCUGGAGACGUGGAGUGUGAUGUCUGCACUGGGAGAAAACGGAAGGCUGUGAAGUCAUGCCUGGUGUGUCUGUCCUCUUACUGUGAAACUCACUUCGGAGUUCACAAUGAUCUAACCCUAGGCAAGAAACACAAAGUGAUUGAUGCUACUGUUAAACUAGAGGAUCUUAUCUGCUCUCUGCAUGACAAACUGCUGGAAGUCUUCUGUCGCACUGACCAGACCUCCAUAUGCAUGCUGUGCGCCAUGGAUGAGCACAAAGGACAUGAUACAGUUUCAGCAACAGCCGAGAGAUCAUAUAAACAGGAGAGGGAGUUUCCUGCAGCUCAGAUGAGAUGUAAACAAAGCAUCCAGGCAAAAGUGACAGAAGUCAGUAGACUGAAAUCAGCUCUGAAUAGUUUCAAGAUCUCAAGUGGGAGAGCCGUAGCAGACUGUGAGAAGACCAGUAAGGAAAUGAUCAGCUUCAUUGAAAGACGAUUUUCUGAAGUAAUAAAGCUGAUCAAAGAUCAAGAGAUCACGGAGACGGACCAGGAUGAAAGGUUUAUUCAUCAGCUGGAGCAAGAGAUUGCUGAGCUAAAGAAGAAGGAUGCAGAACUCGGACGGCUUCCACAGACAGAAAAUGAUAUUUAUUUUUUGCAGGUUAUGCAGUCAAUUUGUUCCAACACCGAAGCUGAAUUGCCGACCAAGUUUUUCAUUGCAUCCUCUGAAGAGACUGAGAAGGCAGUCUCUGAAAUGAAUGAAGCAUUUAAAGAUUUAAUGAACAGUAAAAUGUCAACAUUGAUAGAACGCGUAACGGAUAUGAAGGUAUUCCUACCCAAGACCAGGGAAGAAUUCCUAAAAUAUCGCAAAUCACUUACUCUGGACUCCAACACAAUCUAUCCAUGGCUCUGCUUAAGAAACGGCAAAAGACAUGUUUCAUGGACUACAGCUAGGCAGUCAUAUCCAGCCCAUCCUGAAAGAUUUGACAGCAGGCCACAAGUGCUGUGCAAUGAGGCUGUGCACGGCCGCAGCUACUGGGAGGUGGAGUGGGAAGGACCGGGUGUGAAGAUCGCAGUCGCAUUUAAAGACAUUGAGAGAAACGGGUCUGGUACCAAGACCUUAUUUGGCGGCAACACACACUCUUGGUGUCUAACCUUAUCAAAGUCACAUUUCUACUUCCAACACAACAGCACAGAGAUUAUCUUGUCACCAUUACCUUACCUCUCCAGGAUAGGAGUGUUUGUCGAUACUAAUGCAGGCGUAAUGUCCUUCUACUGUGUCACCGAUACAAUGCAGCAUCUGCAUACAGAACUGGCCAGCUUCUCUAAGCCCAUCUACCCUGGGCUAGAGGUAAAUAAUGGAUCGAAAGUGGCAUUUUGUCUGUAAAUUUUAUUACAGGAGAUGCAUUUUAAGGGUGAACAAAUUAGAUGGACAUUAGAUGAAUGUGUUUGCAUUGCAUUGUGUAUUGUUUUUUUAAAAAAAACUGUGACCCCAUGAAUAUGCCUAUGUGACAAUAAAACACAUUCUAUGUCCAUUUCUUUCACUUUACUUUCAUCAUCAAGAGGAAUUUAUUGUAUUGUAAGACACUCAAACAGUUAGGCCUAUUAAGGGAAAUCUUGCUGUUUGUAAAUCACAACACAGCAUCAGAUGUUAACACAUUGAGAACGUAGAAUUAUGUUCUUUCGCAGAGGUGUCAACAGUAAAAGUAAAAGUACUUUUGUGAUGUAAUUACAACACUAGCACAUGGCAUUACAUAGCUGUUACACCAUUUACACCAUUGUACCUAAUGAGAUAGAUAGACUGUGUUGUUACUGAAAAACACUGAAAACCUAACAAGGACCCAACACGAACUUGAUCCAACCAGUGCAGAGUAGUUCGGUGAUCACAAGAAAAGUACACAGGUAAACUGGUAAAACAGUUGAAGUGACUUGAAGUGAUGGAAGUUUGUUUCUUUUUUUCACUUGUACUUUUACUUUUGACACCUCUGUUCUUUCAUGGCUUCUAAUAGCUUGUUUUAGUAUGUUUAAUGUGGAGAUUAAAUACAGUUUGUUAAGCAGA